CGGUAUAGAUGCGAAUAGAAAGUUAGUGAGUCAGGUGUGUGUGAGAAAUGAUGUGUCUUGCAAUAUGAGUUAUAUUUUUCUGUAAACUUGCCAGAGUAUGUUGAUUGUCAUUGCUUCCGAACUACGCGGUGUUUAUUGAAGUUUGUGUCUUAUAAAGGUGCAUGUGCAAAGUGUUUGCUAUAGAUAUACCAUGUCUUUGAAGCCAAGGAGAGUAGAUUUUAAUGAGAAGUGGGUUGGACUUCAAGAAACUGUAAAAGGAGUUAUAACACUUGGAAAUGUUCCUAGAGAAACAUGGAAUGCAUGCUUCAGUGAUGUGUACAUCUUGUGUGUUGCAUAUCCGGAACCAUAUGCAGAUAAACUGUAUCUGGAAACAAAAUACUUUCUUGAUAACCAUGUGAAAGCUCUCCUUGAGAAAGUCCGAGCAAAUGGAGAAGCAAAUCUUCUCAAAUGUUACCAUAAAGCAUGGGUUGAAUACAGUACAGGAAUUGGGUAUCUGCAUCGUCUUUACCUAUACUUGAAUCAGCAGCACAUUAAGAAGCAGAAACUGUCUGAUGCAGAAAUAAUGUAUGGCAGCAUUGGACCUGAUGUUCAGGAGCAGAUGGAGAUUGGAGAAUUAGGGUUAGACAUCUGGAAGAGGAACAUGGUGGAACCACUAAAGGAGAAUUUAGUUAAUUUACUCUUGGAAGGAAUCCACUAUGAUCGUCUAGGUGAAGCAAGCCCCAAUAUUACUGAUAUUAUUCGAGGAGUAAUAAACUCAUUUGUCAGUGUUGAGAAGUACAAAAGAAAAGGAAAGCUGGAGCUGUAUGAGGAAAUAUUUGAGACACCUUUCCUUCAAGCAAGUGGCGAGUACUACAAGCGAGAAGCUAGUAAAUUGCUACAGGAGUGUAAUGUAAGUCAGUACAUGGAGCGAGUUAUCCAACGACUAGAAGAAGAGACGUUUCGGAGCAACAAAUUCCUACAUUUUAGUUCAUUUGUUAAAGUAAAGGCUCGCUGUGAACAACAUAUGGUGGCAGAUCAUUUGGCUUUCCUACAUGGUGAAUGUAAGUCAAUGGUGCAAGAGGAAAGAUGCAAAGAUCUGUCUAAUAUGUACACAUUGCUACGAUCAAUGAGAGAUGGCAUUGGUGUACUGAUAACAGAGCUGUCUGAACAUAUAAGGGCACAAGGACUUGAAACUGUAAGAGGUCUUAAAGGAGACAAUGUUCAUAUUCAGUUUGUUGAAAAUAUGUUGGCUGUUCAUAAGAAGUAUAGGGAAUUAAUUCAAGAAGUUUUUAAUGGAGAUCAGAGCUUCAUAGGUGCACUUGACAAGGCUUGUACUUUUGUUGUUAAUCAUCGACCCAACCCCAAAAUGGUCUGCAGGUCUCCUGAAAUGCUUGCCAAAUACUGCGAUUCAUUAUUGAAGAAAUCUUCUAAGGGUAUAUCUGAGAGUGAAAUAGAUGAAAAGCUAGCUCAAAGUAUAACAAUCUUCAAAUACAUUGAUGAUAAGGAUGUAUUCCAGAAGUUUUAUGCCCGUAUGUUGGCUAAGAGACUGAUACACUCUCAGAGUCAAUCCAUGGAUGCAGAGGAAGCCAUGAUAAAUCGACUUAAGCAAGCAUGUGGAUAUGAGUUUACUAAUAAACUGCACCGAAUGUUUACUGACAUGUCAGUGUCUUCUGAUCUCAACAAUAAGUUCAACAACUUUCUGAAAUUGGACAAUAUAGAUCUAGGAAUCAGUUUCUGCAUAUAUAUCCUCCAGGCUGGAGCGUGGCCACUGGGACAGAAUUUGUUAACUCCAUUUACUGUACCACAGGAACUUGAAAAGUCUGUACAAAUGUUUGAGAAUUUUUAUCAUAAUCACUUUAAUGGAAGAAAACUCACAUGGUUGCACCAUUUAUGUCAAGCUGAACUGAAACUUAGUUACCUGAAGAAGCCAUACCAGAUCACAAUGCAGACGUUCCAGAUGGCCAUUCUACUUAUGUUUGAGAAGACUGAUUCUCUCACAUGCAAGGAAGUACAAGAAUCUCUCCAACUGAACUCAGAACAAUUCGGCAAACAUCUCACAUCAUUAAUAGAAUCAAAGAUUCUGUUAAGUGACACAGAGUCACAGACUCCUGAAACAGUGUUGACAUUGAACUUGGAAUACAAUAAUAAACGAACGAAGUUCCGGAUCACAGCCGCACUGCAGCGAGACAGUCCUCAAGAAGUAGAACAGACACUGUCUGCUGUGGAUGAGGAUAGGAAGUUAUACUUGCAAGCAGCCAUUGUCAGAGUAAUGAAAAGCAGGAAAGUUCUGAGGCAUAAUGCACUCAUUCAGGAGGUACUAAGCCAGUCAAAAGUGACGUUUGCCCCAUCCAUCAGCAUGAUCAAGAAAUGUAUAGAGGCUUUAAUUGACAAACAGUACAUUGAGCGAACACCCAACUCUGCUGAUGAAUACAGCUAUGUGGCGUAAUGGAAAAGAGCUCACAUGUAGACAAGGAACAUGUUGCACAAGACUAUAACAGUGGCCAAUACUGUAAUUUAGCUUCAUUUCAUCAUAAUUGCAGUCAGCACUGUGGCAGAUGGCAGGGAGUGGGAGGAAGCCAUGUAAAGUUUGCAAGAAAAACUUUGUUGGACAUUGUUCAUUCUGCACAAGAUAGUAAUAUGCAUGUUUGGAAGCAUAACAUUGAUUCAGGUGGUGACUGUUGGUAAUUGUAAUGUAAUGAGAGACUGAUAUUUUUCUGAAAGGUGACCUAUCAACCUGGAUAUUUUUUUCUUUUGCCAUAUUGAUAAUAGUAAGUUUCAUCAGUUUGUAUCUUCUGUCAUUCCAGUUCCUUACACCCAGAUGUCCCAAAUUAUUUUAAAAUGUUUUGUAUCUUUUUUAUUUUCAGGUUUCAUUUCCUACUGUACAUCUUUCCCCCUCCCUCCAACUUCUUCUAUUUGUUCUGUCUCAAAGUACCCUUUUAUAGGUGCAGAAAUACAUUUUCUUUCAUUGUCCAAAUUAAUUUUUAAAAGAAACACAAUUAGCUUGAAGUAAAUGAUGUUUUCUCCCAAUUUGAACUCCAACAAUGAGAAUCAUGCAUUGUGAGACACCAUAAUAAUAAUAAUAAUAAUAAUAAUCAUCACAUUUUCUAAAUUUAAAUUUUGAAUUUCACUCAUCUCACAUUUGGAGUUUAUAGGGUAUAACAAAUGUAUACAUAUAAAUAAAAGAAGCAAUAGCCUGGUUCAUGGGAAAUGAAAAUAUGGUAUGCACUCAGUUUUAUGAAGUCAGCAUUACAGAAGUUAUAAUUCCUUAAAAAACUGUGUUUUGAAUUUGGUACAGAAAUUGUAUUUUAACUCAGACAAAGCAUUGAAAUAUGCAGACUUUGCUUAGUGUCAGUAUAUGUGUAAAGAAAGUAAUAGUCUUCCUUAAAUAUUGUUGUUAUGUGCCUGAUGGUAAUAAAAUCAAAGUUUUACUGGGUUGAAUUUUUGCAUAUUUGCGAUAAUUUGAUAAUCAGUUGUUAAGUAACCUUGUAGUUUUCAAGAAUGUGAAAUGGGGGGGCUAGAGUAGAUAACUAAAUAGAUUAUGGUGUUUUGGGUUGUGACACCAUGUAGUCUUGUACAUGGUUACCAUUAUUACAGAGUAAUAUUGGUAACUUCCAACAAGAUAAUGAAGGGAGUCACAUUUUCACAACUGUGAAAAACUCAUCUUAUUAAAGGCAACAGGAUAGCAGGAAAAUUAAAUUAUAUAUCAUCGUGUAACAUUUUAAUCCCCAUUCUGUCUACUGGUAGCUGCAUUCAGAAUUCUUCAUUAGUUCACAAGAAUAUACUAAAUUUGUUUUCUUGCCUAUGUAUCCUAGACGUUUCACAAGUCUGAAUUUUUAAAUGAAAAAUAUUGCUAGUCUCUUUAUUUUGUUAUUCUUUUAUGGUUAUGUAUUUUGUCUGCUGGACAGUGUUCAACGAAGUUAUGUCAUCCAGAAGCAAAUCUGCAGUAAUCUGUAAAGUUUAAUGUUUUUCCUAAGUGCAACUGGAGACUUUAAUAAAUAAAAUUUAAAAAAAUUCAGGGAUAUUCUUUUGUUCUCAUUUUUAAAUAGAUUUGUGGAAGUUGAUAGUGAAACAUUUUGCACUCAUGCCUGUGUUAACAUUUUUAUAUAUUACUCUUCAUUGAAAGUUGGUGGUGAGUAAUUUGCCUUUACUGAGCUUUGUUGUGCUGUAUAGUGUGAAUGGUUUUUCCAUGUAAUAAGACAGCAUGAGUGAUAUUGAUUUUUGAAAAGCGGUUUACAGCAGUAUUGUUAACUUCGGUGAGGCAUAGAGACAUCUUAAAGUAUGUAGUCAACACAUAAUCUCAUUUAACCAAAGAAAUUUUAAAUAUUCUUUAUGUAUGUUCCCAACCACUGGCCCAAGGUCUUAUUUGUGCUUCUUCACAAAUACUAUUGAAAACAGAAAUACCAAAGAUUUGAAUUUGUGACUCUGAUCAUACUUAUUUCAUUGACACAAACUUAUGAACAGUACAUAUCAAUAUGUUAUAAUAAAUGAAUAAGAGUAUUUGUUGUUCCAUAAUGCUUUUCACAACUUCUGUCAGUUUUUGAAUUUGGAAAAGUUUGUAACUGCAGGCACAUUAAAUUAAGUAGGAAUUUUCUUGGGAGAAAUGCAUUGGGAAGGAAAUGAGUGCUGCUAUAUUAAUGCAACUGUGAAAGUUAAAUCUAUCCAUUGUAUUAGGUAAUGCCCUGAAGAGGAAUGUAACUGAACAAGAUUUCCUUAAACAUAUAAACUCACCAGUUGAUAAAUUAUAUUUUGAAGCCAAUAUUUAUUGAGGUGUGUUCAUUCUGGGUUCUAACAAUUUUUGCUGAAGUGGCUCGUGUGUUGUACUUACAAGUACCUUCCUUGUAAGGGUCCAAUGAUAAUCCAUGAAGUUGUAAGGAAUACUAUACCUACUGAUGUAAUGACAACCUAAUUUUUUUUUUGAAUCUGUAUUGUUUAAUCUUACAUUGAUAAUCAUAAAUUUAUUGCAGUGUAAUUCUCACUUUUAAAAUCAUUAACCAUAGCACUGAGCAACAUUGUAGUUGAUAUAGCAUGACUCACAACCAGUUAAUCUGUAUUACUAUAGCCUCUCACAGAUUUGGUGACAAAUAACUUCUGCAUAUGGUACUUUCAGAAUACUGUACUGCGUAUUUGAUUUUAGUUUCCUUAUUCAGUAAACAUGGCUCCUGUGUAAAUGUAAUAGCCAAAUGAAUAUAAUUUUUAACUCACUGGACUGUUCUUGAAAAGUCUUAAAAUUUAUGCCAUUUACUAAACAGAAUGAUGAUAUAUCCAGGUAUUAACUCCAUUGUGCAACAUGAAUGUUGGAUACAGCCACUGUUAGUGUGAUCUUGUUUGUGCUCGAUGCAAGUAAAGGCAGAAGGAUACGUGUCACCAUAGGAAGUCGCAGGAUGGAACAUAAAUGGUAGAAGGAUUAAGGUUAAACCUAAACUCAUUUUUUAAUCACAACUAGUGUUUUACAUGUUUUAAAAGAAACUUAGUUUUUUAAUAUUGAAUUGUUGAUAACAUGUAGCAAAUGUUUGAGAUUAAAUGACAGGCAGCUCUUGUACUGCAAGAUACAGGAAAGAACAUGACUCAAAAUGCAACACAAAGUCAUGUUUUCUUGUAGUAACUUUAUAAGAAAUUCUAAAUUUAUAGGGCACAAUGUGUUGCAAGUUCCCAUUUUCCAUUUUUUCUGUUUUAAAUUUAUAUUUCAGGUAUAAGAUCUAAAUUUCAAAACAGAUUUGAAAUUGUUGUUGCUAAUAGAUUUUACAAUGACAGUGGAAUGAAAUUUACACUAAAUUUUUCAGCUGAAUAUUAUCAUGGUUUAUUUGCCUGAAUCUAAUAGUUCAAUUCCAAUUUAUUGAAAGAAAGGGACUUUAAAAGAAUAUGACAAUUACAAGAGCAAGUGUAGUAUUUAAGAUUUAUGUUAUCAAUGUAUUGUAACACAAAUUGUUGCGAUUUGUUAUUAAUUUUAUGAAUUAUAAAAGGUGAAUUUAUUAAGAUCUAAAAGAAUUUUAAUUACCUUUGUAAAUUAUGUUCAAAACAUUGUUUUUUGUCUGCCUUAAAAGUGAAUAUGGAAUAUGAAGACUCAAGUUUUAAUCUAAUUUGUUUGUAGAGUUGGCAAGAUUGAAUUUUCCAAAGGAUUUAUUUUUACAGUUGAAAAAAUUAUAUGCAAUCAUUCAAUUGAAUUAAAUUAUGAAUUCACACAGGGACUCAAAUUUGAAUUUCUGUAACUUAUUUUAUACUUAUUUAGACAUACAUAUAAAUAGGUAGUUACUUAACUAACCACAUGUACGUAUUUUGCUGCCAUUGUUAUUUGAAACUAUAUAAGCAUGAACUGAAACUCAUAACUGGUCAGCCAUGACAGCAUCCCAAAUUAAAAAAAACUUCAUAACUUGUGCAUAUUUGAGCAUGAAAAGAAUUCUACCAAUUUAUACAUCUCACAUCUUUAAGCUUGUAUAGUUUUUGGUACUUUGGUUGUUGUUGUUUUGUCUUUUUAAGAUUUUGUUACAAGUAAAUAUUACAGAAGUUCAGAUCUGGGAUCUUGAAUGUUGCAAGUGUGACAUACAGUUUUCUUAUCAAAUGCUUCAUUCUGCGUAACCAUGGAUUUGCUUGUUGUAAAUAUCCUGUAUUCUCUGAGGCUGUGAACUGUAUGAAGAUAUGGUCUUAUAUAUCUGAAGUUCCUUCAGUUUUUGUCCACAGAAAUUUUUAUAUUUUGCAGUUUACAUACAAUUUCUGGCCUUUUUAGGUUUGUAAAUUAAAGGACUGUAGGAACAAUGAGGACUGCCUUCAUAAUCAAGAAUCAGUAUGUUGUGUUUAGUAAUAACAGCUGGAGUAUUUUCUGUAACUAGAUACAGCUAGAUAGAAUUCUGUUGUUAAUGGCCAUAAAUGUUACUGAAAAUGUGGGAAACUGAUGGUCUCACAAUAAGAUUGUUCUGGGUUUGAUCUCCAGUAUGAAGUGCAUGCAGAUUUAUAUGAUCAAAGACCAAAGUCUUUGCCUUGGUACCAAUUUGAUAAGCUAGGUUGGCCCAGAGCCAUUCUGGAUGUGGAGCUAACAGAAAAAUUUCCCUCCCCCCCUACCUUGAAUCAAACACCAAUCAUCCAGAUUUUAGCUUAGAUUUUAGUUACUAUACAGGUUGAGCUACCCAGCUCUUGAACAUUGAAAGAAUCUUAGAAUACAGUGUUUCAGCCAUUGUGGUAAGUCUAGCAAAAGUGUGAAAUGGUAAAUGAUGAAAACAGGAGUAGAAUUUCAGUGUAUUCCUGUUGUAGCUAAGCUGUUACAGUACCAGAUUCAGUGGUCUUCCGACUUCCUCACAUUUUCAGUGGAUGUAAAUGAACCCCACUUUUUCACGCACUCAUGUGUUCAGGUAUUGCCACUGUAAUAGCUUUCAUCCAAAGCACCAUAAGGAAUGUAAAAUUUGUUUGAUGGACACCACAUUCAAGAAUCUCUUCUCUUAAUCAUAUAAUUUUGUAACUUGUUGCUAAGAGAUGAAGUGUAACAUAUAAAAAUGUUCUGCUAAAAUGAAGUGUUUUCUUGUGGCAAAUUGUUUAAAAUAUCUGACCUCAAAUUCAAUAAAGUUGGGAAGAAUUUUAAAAGUGAUCACCAUAUACAACAUUAAUGAAUAUGGUGCUGUUUUAUUUUCAGUUCUUUACAAAAUAUAGAUUUCUAGUUAGUAUUCACAGUGCUAGGUUUUUGAAAUAUAUGUUCUGUUUGAGACUAGUCAUUUUUAAAAGUUUCUUGAUAAACAUUUGAUCAUAACCUACUUAUUGCUUUCUCAUUGUAUGGUGCAAAAAAGCUCACCACUGGACUCUAUCCUGAGUUAUCUGCAUCCAGUUCGCUCUAUCGAUUCAUAUCUCCCUAAGGUUCAUCUUAACAUUAUUCUCCCACCUAUGCCUAGGUCUUUCCAACAGUUUUCUCACUUCGGGCCUCCCAACAAAUACCUUGUUAACAUCUCUCCCCUCCCACCUCAUCCUCCUAGAUUUGUCACCCUGAAAAUAUCAGGUGAGGAGUACAGGCUGUGAAGUUCAUCAUAUGCAAUUUUGGAAGCUUUAUAUAGGACAGGCAGCAGUGAGUUGAAUUUGAUGGUGCUGACGGGUGGAGUGGAUGAGCGGGCUUUACUCCCAUUGGACAGCAGCAUGCUCUUCUGCUCCACCAAUCAGCACCAUCAAAUCCAAAUCAACUGACCUAUAUAAGGUUUCCAAAAUGCUCUGCCACUCUGGGGUUACCAUGACUGACUUUUUCCAUGCUUUUCCUCAAUUGUAAGACAAUGCUAUGGUAUAAUUCAAGAGGGGCAUGACCCACCAUCCCCAAUCACAGAGGCCUUCAGUUGAACUGACCCCCCCAGCUAUCCCACCCCCUAUGGGUUCAAAUAAUGUUCUGUUUACCAUUUCCAGCAAUGUGUCUCGUAUGCAGGAAUGGUGUUACUUAGUGAGGGAUGAUGUCUCGUACUUGUUCAGAACUCCACCCUCGGUUAGCUUUUUGUUGGUGGUUGGUUGCAACCACUCUGCAUUCACUCUGGAGAUGACAGCUGCAGUAUCUGACAAAACACUGGAUAAUUCUCAAGAUAAAAUGCAGCUGACCCCCAAAAGCGAACUUACACAAAUGAUACAUUGUUACUGAAGUACUAACAUUUUUGAACAUAUGUGAAUUAGUUGAAUUAGUGUUCAAGAACAUUUUCUAAUUUCAUAUAAAAGUAAAUUUCUAAGACCAAAAGCUUUCAUUCAUUCUACAGCUAAAAAAAUCCACAUGUACUUCCAACUACUUACUUUUCUGUGGAAAAGAAAAAUUGUAGAAACCUACAAUUUUAAACUUCCCAACACAACCAUCUUUAAAAUAGGAAAAUUCCAAGAAACCCUAACUUUGAAACUUCCCAGCAUGGUCAUCUUUAAGAAAGAAAAAAAUCCAAGAAAUUUUUACUUUGAAACUCCCAAAAAGAGCUAUAUUUAAUCCCUUGGCUCAGAACCUGAUCCCUCUGUGAUAAAGCCUUAAUGACUUAUCCUAAACAAUCUGCAGUUGGCUUCCUGUUGUACCUGGUUAGAUCACUGGGAUAGAUCCAAAUCAAGCAUGUGUCCAGUUACAUCUCGUGUGCCAGUUCAUAACAUAAUGAGUUUAUUAUAGAUAAAAAGGAUAAAUCAGUGGUAACAGCCCCAAAUUUUUGGGCUUGCAGUCUGGUAGAAAGUUUGAUUCCAUUUGAGGACAUGAUAGUUUGUAUACAUUUUUAUUCACUGCUGUAAGGUCCUGCAUACCUCCAUAUGUUACUACACUUUACAUGUCAGUGCAGAUAAAACUUAAUGGCAACAUGAGUUUUAUCGUGCAAGGUUUUACAUCUCAAAAGUUGUCUUCACUGAUCUUGCAGUUAAAAAAAAUAUAAUUAGAAACCUGGAGUGAGCUGCAAGAUGUAAGAAUUGAUACUGUUGGACUGUGCAAAACAUGCACUUGGUAACCUUUACAUAUUGUGUUUAGUCAGGUGAUGAAUACAUUAGUGUAUCACAGAGUCUGGAUUGAAUAUUAGGGCCAGCCUGGUAACAAGUUAACUAGCCUGCCCAUCCCAUGGCUCUGAUUGGCCAGUUUCCUUAGCCUGACCCUUCUGACCAUAUAUAAAUCACCCACUCCUCACGUCAGUCCUGAAGAGCCAGUAUAUUCUUCCAAACGAUGAUAAAUGGCCAAACUACAUGGUGAAUCAACCCAGAAAAUGACCAUCCAUAUUCACAUUACUGAAAACCUCAAUCAUACAUUUAUUUUUUUGUUCAUAUCAUGUCCUCCCAUUUAUAUUCAAAGUAGUUGAACCAUAUACAUCUGUAUAUUUGUCUGCAGGUUAUAACAUGUCGGUUGUCUUAUUCUGUAUAUCACAGACAUAUACCAGUAUGUGUUUACUUCUGAUUACCAUAAAUAAGUUAAAUAUUGUUAUUGUUAUGGAAGAUCAAUAUUUCGUAUGAAAGAACCGAUUGUAUGCUAUUUUCAGUGCCACUUUCAAGAAUAGUGUGAAUAAUUUACAAAAUACACCAAACUAGAAAUGUGCAUGUGUGUGUGUGUGUAUUUAUAUUUCUAAAACUGUAGUGAAGACAUUAAUAUGUUUUAAUAUUGUUCGCUUUUGUAAUACAUGUUUAUUUAAUGACCUUUAAUGGAAAUUUAUUUAUGAAAUACCAGUCUAAUUUAUUUUCCUAACAUUUGUUUAUCAAUUUUAAGAAGAGCAGAAUGAAGUGGAAUGAGACUAGAAGAAGGAGAAGAGAAAGAAGAAAUGAUGUGAAUGAUUUAUUUAUUGUGUUAAAUAAUUUGAGUAGUUUUAAAUCAGAAUGACGAAAAGAAUGAACAGUUGUUUUAAGGUCUUAUGAUAUUAAUGUUAUUUGUGAGUGAGUUUGACAGUUGUGGAGGAAAUGUUGAGAAGGAUGAAAUGUGAUAUCAUAGUUGAGUUUAAUUAUGAUAUUAUUACUGUAAAACAAAUUAAACUUUAUCUUACUAUUGCUUA